ACGUGCGCGGCUGUGAGGCCUUGUUUUGACUUUGGCCACCCUCCCAACACGUGUAGUUGACAUCUUGCCCACUCAAUUUUUUUUUAAAAAAAAUUCUCCCCAGCAGAACGACAAGGACCAACCAUCCAUCCAUCCACACAAUGUCGCCCCUCUCGCAAUCCCCCCUUUUACUCUGGGCCGCCUACGCAUUUGGCGGCAUCCUCACCGGAUUCGGCGUCAACGCGGCGGUGCGGCCGGCGCACGCCCUCAGCUUCUUCGGCCUCGCGCAACCGCCCCAGACGUCGGCGGACCGGCGCGCCUUCGACGCGCUGGUGGCCGUCUACGGGGCGCGCGACGUCUUCAUGGGCGCCGCCGUCUUUGCCGCCGCCCGCAACGGCCACGCCUCCACGCUCGGCUGCCUGUUGCUCGGUAUCGGCGCCGUCGCUGGAAUCGACGGGCUCGUGUGUAGAGUACACGGCACGGGCGAGGAGUGGGGCCACUGGGGGUACGCACCCAUGGUGGCUGCUACGGGGGCGCUGAUGCUUGGGGUGUUGGAUUGAGGGGGGAGUUGUACUGUGUGUGCCAUUUGGUGGUGUGUAGGUUGGUGGUUGAUUGAUUGGGAAGGGGCGACAGGGGAGAGGGAAGGCUGCGAAUCAUCGCUUGCAAAUCAUGACCUACAGUGUUACCUUCCUUCCCGCCUUCAGCCCGAACCCACCCAGUCCAUGAACCCAAUCUCGUCUUCCGCUCCUAUCGGCUUCGGGAGAUGUGCUUCCUGCGAGUGACAGCCGUACCGGG